AUGGCUUUAUUAUUACGAAACUUUUUAGCAUCUGCUAGCUGUAUUCUUUCACAAAUAAGUGCAUUUAUUCUGGGUUUUUUUGACUGGCGGGCAGAAAAGAUUUUAAAUAGAGCUGCUGGAAAAACAGGUGAGGUUGUGGUACUAAAAGAUGUUCUCCAGUUUCCCGCAUCCUUCUGGCUUAUAUCUUUGAUUUGUGUAACAUAUUAUGUUGCAAUCUUCCCCUUUAUUGGAUUGGGCAGUGUUUUCUUUAUGAGGAAGUUUGAAUUUAGUCCUACAAUGGCCAAUAAUAUAAAUGGUAUAGUGUACAUUGUAUCAGCUGGAGCAUCGCCGGUGUUAGGACUUUUAAUUGACAAAACUGGAAGACAUCUCACAUGGGUCUUUGUAUCUGUCAUAUUAACUUUAGGGAUGCAUGCAUUACUGGCAUUUUCCUUCCUUAAUCCUUGGAUUGCUAUGGUUAUAAUGGGUUUUGCUUACUCCAUGCUUGCAUCAGGAUUGUGGCCAAUGGUAGCUCUAAUUAUCCCUGAACACCAGCUUGGUACAGCCUAUGGCAUAAUGCAGUCUGUCCAAAAUCUUGGUCUUGGAGUUAUUACCAUUUUAGCUGGAUUAAUUGUGGACAAGAAAGGUUAUUUGGUCUUAGAAACAUUUUUCUUGGGCUGGCUUUGUUGUUCUCUAUUAUCUGUUGUAGUUCUUUAUAUCAUCAACAGCAAGAACAAUGGUGAUCUAGAUUUGAGUGUGUCAAAGAGGAUUGAAAGAGAACAACAUAGAAACUUCCAAAAGGUCAUGACAGCCCCACUUUUGCAGUGAGUGACAAGGAAUUUUCACAGCAGUUAUAUACUGGUGGUUUGAUCUAUUUUACAUGCCAGUCAUGACCCAUUUUGUUUCUGUAUGGGGAAAAAAAUUAUUGUAACUCUAAUUUUUUAUUUAAAGUAUUUAAUUAACAAAGAAUUUUAAUUGUUAAAGGAGCAGUUUGUGAUAACCUGUAUUAUUUUAUUAGUAUGUGAUACAACUUGUAUGUGUUACUUACUUUAAUGUUAUCUUAUAUUAAAAAAACAAUUAUGUGGGAAGAAUAUAUCUAACGUUAUCUUUUAUGGAAAGUGAUAUAUACAGUAAAUUUUUGUAAUUCUGUUUGAUUGUGGUUGUUUAAGUGAAAUAUAUAUUUUAUAAUUGAAUUUUUUUUUAAGAAUUAAAAACGUUAUUAAUUAUUUCAAAUAGAUCUCUAUGUUGUUUAUGAAGGGGAUUGUUUAGUUAGAACAUACUUCUUUUUAGGAUUGUUUAAAAGUGAUAAAAUGUAGUUCUGAUGAAUAAUGUUUUAACUAAGGUUGUCACUAAUAAGAAGUUAUGUUUAGUUAUUUAUAUCACAAUAGCUAAUAACAAUUCUAGUCACUUCAGUUGUGAUUUCUCUGUAGCUACAUAAUUCCCUUUGUUAUAAGAUUGUCCCUAUAUAUAAGAAACUGUUACUUCUUCCUAUUCAUAUAUUUUUAAACAUGACAUUCUUGUUAUUUAAUCAUGUUAUGUUGUCUAAAUUUAUCUUAUUUAUAUGAUUUUUUAAUAUCUUGAUCAUUCACCAAAUUGUUAUAAACAUGAUUCAUUCAUAUUUCAGAAAACUGUCUAGUCAUUUAAGUUAAUCAUGUCCUGUAAGUUCCUGGACUUAUAAUGCUAAAAUUCAGGGUUCAAUUCCCUGUGGUGGACAGAGAGCAGAUAGCCCAUAGCUUAACUUUAUGCUAUAGAAUCAACAACAACAACAGUUAAUCAUAUUAAAAAGUAAUACAUCUCUAAAAGUUCUUUGUAAUCAAGACUGACUUCAUAAACACACAGGAAAAAGUCAGAGUGAUUAAUGGCACCACAUUUCUAGUAAUAAUUUAUUUGUAAAGAGUUUCAGUAUUCAGAUUACCAAUGCCAAGUUUUUCUCUUAAGCUUUGUAGUAAAUCAUAUGUAUGUAAAGUAAAGAUUUCAGUAUUAGUAUCUUAAAGUAGUGUUAAAACUCUGUUUCAUAUAUUUUUAUCUAGGUUUUUAUCCACUGAGAUUAUAAUUCGUGUGUAUGUUAUUUUAAAUUUGUAGGUACUUAAUCCAUUGACUGCAGCUGCUCUAAACACGGGCAGCAUUUUUGCAAGGCAUACACCAUAUAUGACAUUCAACUGCUGGAGA